AAAACUAGAGACACCAACCGGCCGUCGAAAGAAAGGGGAAAAAUGGCGGGGUGUGGUUCCCAUAUGAGUUGGGGAGUCACCUCCUGCUUCUUAAGAGCAGGGAAAGAGCCCCCAAAUCCAAAACCUAAUAACAGAAUGAUGAAAAAGGAUUCCAGUUCUGAUUAUAGGGUCUUGAUUCUUGGAGGCACUGGUCGUGUCGGUGGUUCUACAGCCACCGCCCUUGCCAAGAAAUGCCCCAAUUUCCGCAUCCUAAUUGGCGGCCGGAACAGAGAGGAGAAAGAGGCCAUGAUAUCUCCAUGCAUCCCACUGGAACUCGGUGAAGCCAGCAAAGGCUCACAGCUAGUAAUCAACAUCUGGUCGAAAUUUUUAGAGUGUACAUGUAGAGAUGUGGAUCUUGUAGUUCAUGCCGCAGGACCUUUUCAAAGGGAAGAAAAAUGUAGUGUUCUGGAAGUCGCAAUCUCUACGAAGACACCCUAUGUGGAUGUGUGUGAUGAUAGGACGUAUGCCUUAUGUGCAAAAUCUUUCCAUGAGAAAGCAGUAGCAGCUGAAGUUCCAGCCAUAACGACAGCUGGAAUUUACCCAGGAGUGAGCAGUGUGAUGGCAGCUGAGCUUGUACGCGAGGCAAAGAUUGAAAGCAGUUCUGUGCCAGAAAGAUUAAGAUUCUACUAUUACACAGCAGGUUCUGGUGGUGCUGGGCCCACCAUAUUAGCUACAAGUUUUCUUCUUCUUGGGGAAGAUGUUAUCGCUUAUAAUAAAGGUGAAAAGGUCAAGUUGAAGCCCUAUAGUGGCAUGCUCAACAUUGACUUUGGGAAAGGAAUUGGGAAGAGGGAUGUCUUUCUUUUAAACCUGCCCGAAGUUGGUAGCGCUUAUGAAGUAUUAAAUGUUCCCACCGUGAGUGCCCGGUUUGGAACUGCUCCUUUCUUCUGGAAUUGGGGAAUGUCAGCUAUAGCAACCCUUGUUCCAAAGGAAAUUCUGAGGGAAAGAAGCAAAGUCCAACAACUGGUUCGCGUAUUUGAUCCUAUAGUCCGAGUAUUUGAUGGAAUUGCAGGGGAGCGCAUGUCAAUGAGAGUGGAUUUAGAAUGUGCAAAUGGCCGCAACACUUUGGGCAUAUACAGCCACAAGAAACUCUCAGAAUGUGUGGGAAUUGCAACAUCUGCAUUUGUAAUGGCAGUUCUUGAAGGGAGCACCCACCCAGGUGUUUGGUUUCCUGAAGAGCCACAAGGAAUUGCAAUUGAUGCAAGAAAACUGCUGUUAGAGCGAGCAUCCGAGGGAACAAUCAAUUUUAUAAUGAACAAGCCACCAUGGAUGGUCGAAACCAACCCAAAAGAACUUGGAUUGGGAAUAUACGUUUGAUUGAGAAAAUAACAGUGAAGACUAAAAUGGUCACCAGAACUCAUGUCUUCUUCACCUGCGGUGCUAUUUUGGUGGCUUUUCCAAUCUCCAUCUAGCAAUUUCAGAGGCAGUGUGCUGUCGAAAAUGUUGCCUCAUGCUGCUGAAAACUGAUAUGGUUCCCACAGUAUAUUUUCCUUGUGUUCAUGGGGUGCUCUCUUCUGCAUGCUACGUUUCCUUGUCCUUUUUCAACUUUGCCUUCAUCCAUUUGUAAUUUGCAAAUCUUUACCAUAGACUGGUUACUUUUUAUUGUUUUGUUUUUCUCCUCAUCUCCGGCAAUAACAUUACUAUUGGGAACUGUGAAGUGUGAAUGUUGUUUGCAGCAGUCCCAACAAUAGCAGAGGGAAUGGGUUGUAAGAUUCUUUGUAAAUUUUCAGUUAACAUUCAUAGUAACAUUGGGAUAUAGUUAAGCUCUGCGUCAUUUGCACUGAACCAGCCUAUGAAAUGCCAAGAAGUUUAAAUGCGUAUAUUUGUUCA